GAUUGGAGAGCAGCGCUUACCAGCCAGAGAAUAGGCAGAUACUAACUCGUGCUGAAAAAAGGCAGCUAUAUAUAGCAACCUAAGGCGAGCGGAUUUUCACGUCUGUUUGUCUUUCACUCUGUUCUGUUAUCAUAUUAAUACUAUAAUCUUAGAAAAAUAGCUACCAUAGUUUACAAUAAAUACAUGUAACGAAAUGGUCACGUUCAUUCUUUGUUUACUUAUUUUGCCAUUAUGUCUCCAGCAGUACGCAUAUGUUAAAGGGUUAAGGACAGAAUGCGAGUCCUCACAGUUUCAGUGUGGAAAUGGUCGCUGUAUCCCAUCUGUGUGGAAGUGUGAUGGAGAUGAAGACUGUUCUGAUGGGAGUGAUGAGAGUUCCUGUGUUAGGAAGACCUGUGCUGAGGUGGACUUUGUGUGCAACAAUGGCCAGUGUGUCCCAAAAAGAUGGCACUGCGAUGGUGAGCCUGAUUGUGAAGAUGGAUCCGACGAGAGUCUUGAUAUCUGUCAUAUGAGGACCUGCCGAGUGAAUGAGUUCAGCUGUGGCGUUGGGUCAACACAGUGUAUUCCUGAAUUCUGGAAAUGUGAUGGAGAAAAGGACUGUGAUAAUGGGGAUGAUGAACUAAACUGUGGCAACAUUACCUGUGCCCCCUUUGAGUUUACUUGCUUCAGUGGUCGUUGCAUUUCCCGCAACUUUGUCUGCAAUGGGGAAGAUGACUGUGGAGAUGACAGCGAUGAGCAGGAAUGUGCACCCUCCUCCUGUGGACCAAGAGAGUUCCAGUGCAACAAUGCCUCUUGCAUUCCUGCCAGCUGGGUGUGUGACGAUGAUGUGGAUUGCCAGGACCAGUCAGAUGAGUCUCCACAGCGUUGUGGUCAACAUCCUACACAACCUGCAAAGUGCUCCUCUAGUGAAAUGCAGUGCAAUUCUGGUGAAUGCAUCCACCGCAAAUGGAGCUGCGAUGGAGAUGCUGACUGUAGGGAUGGGAGCGAUGAGACCAACUGUCCUGCCAGGACAUGUCGUCCAGACCAGUUCAAGUGUGAUGAUGGGAACUGUAUCCAUGGAAGCAGACAGUGCAAUGGGAUAAGAGACUGUGUAGAUGGCAGUGAUGAAGUCAGUUGUAAAAAUGUUGCCCAGUGUUCUGGUUCUGAUAAAUUCAAGUGCAGGAGUGGAGAAUGCAUAGAGAUGAGCAAAGUCUGCAACCAGAAGAAAGAUUGCCCUGACUGGAGUGAUGAACCCCUGAAAGAAUGCAAUUUAAAUGAAUGUCUGAUGAACAAUGGUGGGUGCUCUCACAUCUGCAGAGAUCUCGUUCUUGGCUUUGAAUGUGGCUGCACUCCGGGUCUAGAGUUGAUUGAUCGAAAAACAUGUGGUGAUAUUGAUGAAUGUCAGAAUCCUGGAAUAUGCAGUCAGAUAUGCAUCAAUUUAAAAGGAGGCUACAAGUGUGAAUGUCACAAAGGUUACCAGAUGGACCCAACUACUGGAGUAUGCAAAGCAGUAGGAAAGGAGCCAUGUCUGAUCUUCACCAACAGACGGGAUAUAAGAAAGCUAGGACUGGAGAGGAAGGAGUACACCCAGAUAGUAGAACAAUUAAGAAACGCUGUAGCACUGGAUGCAGAUUUUGCUUCUCAGCAGAUAUUUUGGGCAGAUCUUGGACAGAAAGCUAUUUUUAGGACUUCAAUAGAUAAACGGGAUGAAGUAAGCAACCAUAUCAAGGUUAUUGAUAAUGUACAAACACCAGUUGGGAUUGCAGUGGACUGGAUCUACAACAACAUCUACUGGACUGACCUGGGCACGAAAACCAUCUCUGUUGCAUCAUUCAAUGGCACCAAUAAGAAAAUCCUGUUUGACAGUGGUCUGAAGGAGCCAGCCUCUGUUGCUGUUGAUCCUCUGUUGGGGUUCCUCUACUGGUCAGACUGGGGUGAGCCAGCAAAAAUUGAGAAAGCUGGGAUGAAUGGAGUAGACCGUCAGGUCCUGGUGAUGACAGACAUUCAGUGGCCCAAUGGAAUUGCACUAGACUUGGUAAAAAGCCGUCUAUAUUGGGUGGACUCCAAACUGCACAUGCUUUCCAGUGUGGAUCUGAAUGGUGAAAACCGCAGAACAGUGUUGCAGUCACAAGAGUAUCUUGCUCACCCCUUUGCUCUCACAGUAUUUGAGGAUCGAGUUUUCUGGACAGAUGGUGAGAAUGAAGCCAUCUUUGGUGCGAAUAAAUUUACAGGAGCAGAUGUGAUGACUCUGGCUAACAACCUGAAUGAACCACAGGACAUUAUUGUUUAUCAUGAGCUUAUACAACUUUCAGGUCAGAAUUGGUGCAAUGAGAAGAUGGUAAAUGGAGGCUGUGCAUAUUUUUGUCUACCUGCUCCUCAGAUAAACAUCCAUUCUCCAAAGUUUACCUGCAGUUGUCCAACUGGAAUGAAACUAGCAACAGAUGGGCAAAAAUGUAUACCAGCUUACACUGCAUCACCUAAACUGACCCCAAGACCAGUGAUGGCAGGGGGGAAUAUGAGUACUUCAAUCCAUGAGGUGAACUCUUCAACAAAGGGAUCAGUAGCAGCAUGGGCCAUUCUUCCUGUGUUGCUAUUGGCAAUGGCAUCUGCAGGUGGAUACCUGUUGUGGCGUAAUUGGCAACGCAAGAACAUGAAGAGUAUGAACUUUGACAAUCCAGUCUAUCUGAAAACAACGGAAGAUGAUCUCAACAUAGAUAUUAGCAGACAUACUUCAGUAGGACACACAUACCCAGCAAUAUCUGUGGUUAACGCAGAUGAUCUAGACUAAAGCUCCUCCAUCCCCAAUCCAGACUUGGAAGUUGACGUUCUUUUGGUAACCAGACCAAUGGCUUCUACCAGAGCAACAUUCAGAUGCCUUAACUGAUUUAAAGUUGGUCUGGGUGUUUUCAUUGAUUUUGUAGCAGUACAACAAACUAUGUCCUUAACCAUGGAUCAUGCCUGCAUGAUGUAUAAGGGCAUGUUGAAUGUCUGUUUACUGUCCUCCUUUCUUUAUAGUUACAUAGGUCAAAGUUGAGUUUCCAGGAUCAGAGGGUUCCAUCCAUUUUUAGAUAAUUAUCUAUAAAAGACAACAGACCCAUAUGACAUCAUCCUGGGGGCAUAUUCAAUGAGGCCAUCAAUACCAAUGCAAACUGUUAGUACCUUUACACAUAUCUAAAUAAAGCCAUAUUCUGGUGAAAACUGGCUCAAAGACAGAGGUUCCCAACCCUGGUCGUGGGGACCCCCGUGUCUGCUGGUUUUCAUUCCAACUGAGCUCUUAAUGCAGAUUUCAAGUUAACUAACAUUUUAUAAGUAAUUUGAACUCUGCAACUGAUUUAAGAACUGAAAACAAUUAAAGGGUCUAAGCAGAUUUUCAGUUCAAUUAUGGGUCUAGUUAUGUAGAGCUCAGUUGGAAUGAAAACCAGCAGAGGCGGGUCCCCAGGACCAGGGUUGGGAACCACUGGUGUAAGGAACUAGCUGUUUAAAAAUUCACAUCAUCCGGUUUAAGCACUUUGAUCUACUGUACCUGUAAAUAAGAUUAAACAUUUGACAGAUGUUUGUGUUGGUUUUUUUUGUUUUUUUGCAAGUAGGAAUACAGUCCUAUAUAAAAUUGAAUUUGUUAAUAUUUUGUAUGUACUGUUUCAGUGACCUUUUUAUAAGGUGUGCAGGGUACUUGCGCUAUACUGUUGUGAACAAAACAUUUGCAAUCAUUUCAAUAAUAAAAAAUAAAAUGUG